AUGACGUACGAUCUCUCCUAUCCUGGUCAGCGAUGUAUUAUCGAGUUUCUGGAGGCGAAUAAAAGAAUUCAUCUUGUAUCCAGAAGCCCCGCUCUCCAAAAUGCAGAAAAAUCGAUACCAUGCAAUUUGGAUUAUGUUCAAAUUGCUUCGGAUGCUUUGACAUUGAACAAUAUCAGUAUGGUAAUUAUCCCAGCAACAGAACAAAUCCCUGAGGACGAUCCUCGAUAUGCAAGUAGACCGGAUGAGGUUGAAACGCAACCCGGAUUUAUCAGAUCAGGGCACUCUGCUUCUGUAUGGCACCGCCGGUUUAAAGAAGUUGUUUUCUUUAGAAAUGGAGAACAGAUUGCUAGCAGACCUCUCGCAGAAAACGUGAAGGACUACAUCGCGCUGGAAAAGUUGAAUCGGAUUAUGUUGGGAGGAAGGAAGGAUAUUCGAGUGAACAUGCUGGAGUUCAAUGUGUUCUAUUCUCGAGCUAAUCUUCGUUUGCUCGAAGGUUUGAAUUUUCGGAUCAGAGGGCUCAACACAAAUAAAGAAGAUUUCAAAUACUACCUUCCGCUUAUCGAUGUAUCCAGUUUUCCGCUGAAGAAACUAAAAAUCCCUUUCCUUGGAUCACAAAUCUUUGAACAUCCAAUUGUUCAACUUGCUGGCUGUUUAACCAUUGACGAAUUUACACUAUUCAACGAGAGCAUUCCACUAAAUGAUAUUAACAAGCUCACCAACAAAACUGUUGUAAUUCAGCACAGUAGAAUGAGAAAAGAGGACAUAAUAACACUCAUCAGAAAUUGGUUGAGUGGCGAGAAGUCGAUUGGAACAACUUUAAUAAUGGAGAAGACGUUCGUGAUGACUCAUCAGGAAAUAUUGAGGUCUAUUAAGGAAACAUAUGAGGAGUUCGAAGAUGACUUGAAGAAUGUUGAAGAGAAUUUCCUCCCAAACUGUCCCCGCUUCUGUAUCCCUAUUAACAAUUCGUCGAAUCUUCUGGUUUAUGGAGUUGACAAAGGCAUUGUUAACCACUUUAAUUGUCCCAUCUCAGCAUUUGUUAUGAAAGUGGUGGCGACGACUCCAGAAGUGAUGCCUGGAAAUUGUCGGAAUGGUGUGUCACUAGUUCUCCCGUUUAUGAUCUUUGUUGGUUGCUUACUCAUAUUGUUGGUUGCUUACUCAUAUUGUUGGUUGCUUACUCAUAUUGUUGGUUGCUUACUCAUAUUGUUGGUUGCUUACUCAUAUUUCUGUGCUCCGAGCACUGAGUUCUAA